AGUACCCAGUCUUCCUAAAAUAACUUGUGCUGAGCUUCAUAUAAAUAACCGGCUGCACCAAAGUUGACGUUCUUCUGACUGCAGCCAUGAAGCUGACGGCUCUUCUGCUGCUUCUCACCGCUUGUGUGGCCAGUGGCGCGCUGCUGCCCAGAGCCUUAUGGCAGUUUGGGAAUAUGGUCAGCUGCGCUCAGCCCGGCACGAGCCCCUUGAAGUACAACAACUACGGCUGCUGGUGCGGCUUCGGGGGGAAGGGAUUCCCUAUAGAUGAAGUGGAUGCCUGCUGUAAAGUUCAUGACAACUGCUAUGCAUCCAGCAGAAAGGCUCCUGGAUGCAUGGCGUUUGCUGACCUUCCCUAUGUUCUUGCUUAUGAUUUCACCUGCUCAAAUAAGGCGUUGACCUGCUCAGCGUUCAACAACAAGUGCCAGGCUGCGGUGUGUGAGUGCGACCGGGUGGCGGCUCACUGCUUUGCUCAGAGCACGUACAAGCCUGAGAACAAGAACCUGGACUCCAAAGUCCACUGUGUCAACUGAGUUAUACAACACACAAACACCAACGCGAGAACAUGUAUGAUUUUUUAAUUAUUUUAUAAAGCUUUACACACAAAUUGGAGUAAAAGGAGCUUGAUUUUGUACAAAAGCAUCAGUAUGAAAUAAAAAAUGAAUG